GCUACGAAGGUGUCAAUACCUGAAGCAGGAGUCGCUAUUAGCUCUGAUUUCAUAAUAUCACUCUUGAAACACCCGAUGUCAAUUUGGCGACUUUUGCGAAAGGUGAUCUUAUGUCUGACUGAGUCUGGACGUGAUAUAUUUAAAUGACAUACAAUUGGGAAAUGGUCAGAAGGUUGAUCACAGUGAAUUGAAAUGUCGGAUAUAAGUUCAUCAAUAUCUCUACAGAUUAACAGGUCAAGUGUGUGACCACUCUUAUGGGUGGGGCCGGUGACAUGCUGUGUGAAUCCGGCAAUGGAUAGAAGGUUCUUCAUAAUGUUGGCAUCGCCAUCAUCUGUAUUUUCCAUGUGGAAAUUAAAGUCGCCAGCCAGUAAUACUCGACCAGGUAUGCUGUUGAUAACUUCCAGGAAAGUGGAGAAGUCUGAGAAGAAAAUCUUAGUUGUUUUUUUUUAGUAUGGCGGCCGAUAAACAAGGAAAAGUCUACAAGAAGAAGACUUAGAAGUAACGCUUAUUUCAAUACAGUUAAUAAUGGUGGCAUGGAAGACAUCUAAAAUGCUCAACAGUUCUGUACAACCAACAGGCAUGCAAUUAAAUACAAAACGGUCAAGAAGCGUCGGAAAUUCGUUCAUACCGUUAGUGGCAGUGUUUGGUGUAACAUGGAUUAUUGGCGUUUUCGUAGCUAUUCAAGACACACCUGCAUUUGAUUUAAUAUUUGUUGUUGUGAACGGGCUCCAAGGUUUCGUGAUUUUUCUUUCUCAACUUCUUUGCAGUAAACAGGUUCGUAAUGCAUGGAAUGAACACAAAGAUCGCGUCAGUACCAGGACAUUUUAAACGACUAUUCGCAUUCAAAUUGAAGAAUGGAAAUCAAAACUUAGUUUUUUUAACACUGUAAAGUUUUGACGUAAAAG